AAAACCAAUUAGAUAUUCUUAGAACAGUGACGGAACAAAACUUCGAGAGUUUAUCGCGUGUUGUAGAGCAAAAUACGACCUCUCAAGACACACUGAUACACACUCAAAGUUCUCUAGCAAUCCUUGAACAAAAGCUUCGUGAUCUUGAUAACAGAAGUUGUUCAAAUGAAGCUGAGAACGCCAGGUUAGAUGAAGAUACAAAAAAAUUAUAUAGAAUUAGUUCAGUUCUUUAUAACAAAUUAUCCACGGACAUCUCAAAUCAAGGACAGGAAAUUGAAUCAAAGAUUGAUGAUUUACGCAGAGAACAAGGAAUGCAUCAUGAAGCACUGUUGGCACACGAAGCGAAGAGCAAGGAGGACGUAUCGAAACUUAAGAACGAUAUUUCUGAGAACAGUGAAAAACUGUUUACAGUUGAACAAGCUUUGACAGUUACACAGGACGAGAUGGCUGAGAAUUUCAGCCUCCAAUGUAACCAAAUGCAAUUGGAUUAUGAUAGUCUCAACGAUAAGAUUACGAAAUUUCGAGAGAACGACAUCACUCCACUCAAUAAAGAAAUAUCUGAACUGCACUCCUUGAUAAACAACGGCGUUCUCACGUGGAGAAUUAGCAACGUUAACUCAGCACUAGAUAACACUGCAACAACACCUCGAAUUGGUCAAACGUUUUACUCCAACGCAAGUGGCUACGCCCUUCAACCGAAAAUCUUUUUUCACGGUACACGGCAAAACGACCACGGUCAUGUUUCAAUUUUUAUUCAAAUUCGAAAAGGAAAAUUUGACCCGAUUUUGAAAUGGCCAUUCGCAAAACGUAUCCGCUUCACCUUAAUAGAGCAGGAAAGCGCAGUGUUUAGAAGGGAUGUCGAAAAGAUUCUAAUGCCACCCGAGGGUGCCAGGGAAGAAAUCCGAAGACCCUCCGAAGAAACAAACAAUGGAUUCGGGAUUUUUAAAUUUGUAUCCCAUGAGGUAUUACAGGCUGGAAGAUACAUCGUUGAUGACGUAAUGUUUGUUAAGAUUGAGGUUCUUGAUAUUAGGGAAAACGAACAAUCAGAAACAUUGUAAGAGCAUCGAACAAUUGGCAACAUUGCAAUUAUAGCAGUUAGUACAAUUAGAAGCAUUGUAAUAGCAUCGAACAGUUAGAAACAUUGUAAUUAUAGCACUUAGAAGCAUUGUAGUAGCAU